GCACGAGUUCUUCUUCCGGACACGUUAUUGUUGCAUCAGCAUCCUAACCAUCCAGCACUGUGGUAAUGUCGACCUCAGGAGAGCCAGCCUUUGAGUUUGGCUUCUUACUUCAGAUAGAUGAGGAGGCCGCGCUGGCGGCGGCCCUGAAUGACUACCUAAUCACACGCAGCUACCUGGCAGGGUUCACCCCCUCCCAGGCCGACCAGAAAGUCUUUAAGCUCCUCCGCAGGCCCCCAGACCCGCAACACGUCCACGCUCUGCGCUGGUACAGACACAUAGCAGCCCUGCAGCUGGACCUUCUCUUCCCUGACAGCAGCAUGAAAGGGAAGCGGGUCCAGCCCCCCUGGUCUCCUCCAGCAGGAACAGAAGUUCCCCAACUUCGACUUUACAACAGCCUGACCAGAGCCAAGGAGCCGUUCAUUCCUCAGAAAGGGAACAAAGUCACAUGGUACUGCUGUGGGCCAACAGUGUACGAUGCCUCUCACAUGGGACACGCCAGGUCUUAUAUAUCUUUUGACAUUCUGCGGAGGAUACUGAGGGAUUACUUCAAGUAUGACGUCCUGUACUGCAUGAACAUCACAGACAUAGAUGACAAAAUCAUAAAGAGAGCACGGCAGAACUUCCUCCUGGAUCAGUACAAGGAGAAGAAACCACAGCCUGCUCAGAUCCUGCAGGACGUCCUGAGUGCCAGAGGGCCAUUCCAGGCCAGCUUGGCAUCGACCACAGACCCAGAUAAGAAGCAGAUGAUGGAGCGGCUGGACGCUGCUGUUUCAGCCGCUCUGCAGCCUCUGCAGGCAGCGAUGAAUGGAAAAGCAGCAGAUGAGUUGGUUCAACCUCUGGCCCAGAUGCUGCUGGAGAGCUCCAAAGAUCUGCUCGCUGAUUGGCUGGACAAAAAGUUUGGUAGUCAAGUCACAGAAAACUCAAUCUUCUCUAUUCUGCCCAAAUACUGGGAGGGAGAGUACCACAAAGACAUGGAGGCUCUGAAUGUUCUCCCUGCAGACGUUCUUACUCGUGUCAGUGAAUACGUCCCAGAGAUUGUGGAGUUUGUGCGGAAGGUCGUCUCAAACGGAUACGGGUAUGAAUCAAACGGUUCUGUCUACUUUGACACCGCUAAGUUUGAUUCCAGUCCGCGUCACUCGUAUGCCAAACUGGUGCCAGAGGCAGUUGGAGAUCAGAAAGCUUUACAGGAAGGAGAAGGUGAUCUGAGCAUCUCAGCUGACAGAUUAAGUGAGAAGAAGUCGCCCAAUGACUUUGCCCUGUGGAAAGCUUCAAAACCAGGAGAGCCUUCAUGGGACUCACCGUGGGGGAAGGGACGGCCUGGUUGGCACAUUGAAUGUUCGGCCAUGGCUGGCUCCAUCCUGGGAGAGUCUAUGGACAUCCACGGUGGAGGGUUUGAUCUCCGAUUUCCUCAUCACGACAACGAGCUGGCUCAGUCUGAGGCUUUCUUUGAGAACGAUCACUGGGUCAGAUAUUUCCUCCACACCGGUCACCUGACGAUCGCCGGCUGUAAGAUGUCAAAAUCUCUGAAAAACUUCAUCACCAUUAAAGAUGCUUUGGGGAAGAACACAGCUCGACAGCUCCGUCUGGCUUUCUUGAUGCAUUCCUGGAAAGACACCCUGGACUACUCCUCAAACACGAUGGAGUCCGCCGUCCAGUACGAGAAAUUCAUGAAUGAGUUUUUCCUGAAUGUCAAAGACAUCCUGCGUACUCCCACUGAUAUCACCAGUCAGUUUGAGAAGUGGGAGGCUGCAGAGGUGGAGCUGAACAACGGUUUCUAUGACAGGAAGUCAGCCGUCCAUGAGGCUCUGUGCGAUAAUGUGGACACUCGCACCGCCAUGGAGGAGAUGAGAGUCCUGGUCAGUCAGAGUAACAGCUACAUCGCUAACAGGAAAAGUGCCAAACUGAGGCCGAACCGUAUGCUGGUGGAAAGCAUCGCCGUGUAUCUGACAAACAUGCUGAAGAUAUUUGGUGCUAUUGAAGGGUCUGAGUCUGUUGGUUUCCCAGUCGGAGGACAAGGACAGAAUGUGGAUCUGGAGAGCACAGUGAUGCCGUACCUCACCGUGUUGUCAGAUUUCAGAGAAGGCAUCAGAAAAAUUGCCAGAGAGCAGAAAGUGACUGAGUUGCUGCAGCUUUGUGACAUUGUCCGUGAUGAUACGCUACCAGAGCUCGGCGUCCGACUGGAAGAUCAUGAAGGCCUGCCUACUGUGGUCAAACUGGUCGACAAGGAGACGUUACUGAAGGAGCGAGAGGAGAAAAAGAAGAUGGAUGAAGAAAAGAAGAGGAAGAAGGAGGAAGCCGCCAAGAAGAAACAAGAACAAGAGAUGGCUAAGCUCGCCAAGAUGAAAAUCCCUCCAUGUGAAAUGUUUCGCAAAGAAACUGACAAGUACUCACAAUUUGAUGAGAUGGGUUUCCCCACUCAUGAUGCAGAAGGAAAAGAGCUGAGCAAAGGACAAGCUAAGAAGCUGCGUAAGCUCUACGAGGCCCAGGAAAAAUUACAUAACGAGUUUCUUCAGAUGAACCAGAAUGGGAACUGAAUGUGUCUGAAACUAUCCAAGCCAUCCGCUCCACAGAGAACCCUGCAGAAUAAAUGUUAAGGCCAGAGAUGGUCAUCGUUUGUCUCCUGUUUAUCUGUUGAGGAUCAGAAAACAACAGCGAGUUUCAAGGAAUGACGGUUAAAAUCAACACAACAGUCUGUGCAUCAUUUUUAAAAUAAAGGGAACAGAGUUCAGUGAAGACUUCUUCCUUUUGUAUUUUUGUUUCUUGCCACAGAAUAAGCAAUAACUGAAGUUCAGUCUGUUGAUUUGGCAGAAGGCUAAUGAAGCUCUGUUAGCAUUGAUCAUGGUUUUGAACUAAUAAUACUGCCAGUCAGCUGAGGGAAAUAUAGAUGUGCUGUGUUUGGUAAACUUGAGUUUUUAAAUAAAUGCCAAACUUGGAGCAUUUAGGGAAUUGUAAUUCACCUUAGAAAUAAAGUGAUAAAUUAAAGAAACUCCAAAAUA